AUGAGCCCAGACGCGGCUCCCUCCCGCCACAGUCUCGCCGCCGACCCACUGCCGGCGCUCCGCCGCCUCCGGGCCGCCGCGCCGCGCGUCUUCGGGCAGCUCCACGCGCUGCUCCUCACCACCGGCCUCGCGCUCCACUCCCCCAACUUCGCCCUCCUCCUCCGCCUCGCCUCCUCCUCCUCCGUCUCCCACCGCCUCCAGCUCCUCCUCUGCUCCCCGCUGCAACCCACAGCUUUCCUCGCCAACUCCCUCCUCCUCGCGCACCUCCCCUCGGCGCUCCCUCUCUACUGCGUCCUCUUCCUCGGCGGCGCCGCGCUCCUCCGCCCCAACGAGUUCACCUAUCCGGCCCUCCUCCGCGCCUCCCCGCCCCGCGCAGCGCUCGCGCUCGCCACCCAUUCGAUCAAAUUCCUCGGCGCCGGGGCGGCAUCCCGCGACCGCGUACUUGGGGCCGCGCUGCUCGACGCCUUCGCUCGCUGCGGCAGGAUCGUGCCCUGCCGCCGGGUGUUCGACAGGAUCGUCGAGCCAGACCUGCCGGCCUGGAACGCGCUGCUCACCGUCUACGCGCGCCGCCGGGCCGCCGACGAGGCCGCGGAGAUUCUUGAUCUGUUUGGGCGCAUGGUGGUGUCAUCGACAGUCCGGCCAAACGAGAUCACCCUCGUCGCCGUCAUCAGCGCGUGCGGGGAGCUCGGCGCUCUCGGGCAUGGCCUGUGGGCGCACACGUAUCUUCUCAGGCGCAGGCUCGCCGUGAACUGCUUCGUGGCCACCGCGCUUGUCGAGAUGUACACCAGGUGCGGGAGAAUGGACCUGGCCGAGCAGGUAUUCGCUAGCGUUGACGACGACAUGGACACGCGCUGCUACAACGCCAUGCUCCAGGGUUUGGCAUUCCAUGGGCAUGGCCGUGCUGCCCUCACCUUGUUUGAAAGGAUGUGCGCCCAAGGCUUCCUGGUUGAUAGCGUUACGGUGCUAGCGGUGAUGUGCGCGUGUGCCCACGCUGGGUUAGUGGAUGAAGGGCAAUGGCUCUUCGACAAAAUGGAGGUUCAGUUUGGGGUCGCACCGAGGAUUGAGCAUUACGGAUGCAUGGUCGAUAUACUGGGAAGAGCUGGUCGGCUCGAUGAUGCUGAGAAGCUUAUCCGAGGGAUGGACAUUCCGCCGAAUGCCGCCAUGUACAGGUCUCUGAUACGGGCUUGCGGGAUUCAUGGCAAGCUAGAGCUUGGGGAGAGGAUGAUCGGAGAGCUGGUGCGGCUCGAGCCAGAGCAGAGUGGAAAUUAUGUCCUCAUGUCCAACUUCUACGCAAGAAUGAGACUAUGGGAGGACGCCAAGAAGGCGAGGAAGGAGAUGAAGGACAUGGGCAUUGACAAGAGCCCUGGGUCAAGCCUCCUUGACAUCGACGGUGUUCUCCAUGAGUUCUUGAUGGGAGACAAGACACACCCUGCGUCAAGGGAGAUAUAUGCCAUGGUUCAAGAGAUCGAGGCCAGAUUAAACGAAUGCGGGCACCGCCCGAGCACCACGGCCGUGCUCUUCAAUGUCGAGGAGGAGGACAAGGCAGACGCUCUGUCCUAUCACAGCGAGAGGCUCGCCAUUGCAUUCGCCCUGAUCGCCUCCCCUCAAGGUUCGCCCAUCAGGAUCAUCAAGAACCUCCGGGUGUGCAGUGAUUGUCACGACAGCACCAAGCUCGUCUCCCGGCUGUAUGGAAGGGAGAUCAUCAUGAGGGACCGUACCCGGUUCCAUCACUUCAGAGAUGGCCGCUGCUCAUGUGGAGAUUUUUGGUGA